CGCUGGGACCGCUGGGCUCGCUCCGCCCCCGAGGGGUCAGAGGUCGCCGAAUGGCGAAAGACCAGCUGCGCGUCGCGGUUACCCACUCCUGGGCCCAUGGCGCCGGCGCAGCGUUGCCCCCUGUGCCGCCAGACCUUCUUCUGUGGUCGCGGGCACGUCUACAGUCGCAAGCACCAGCGGCAGCUGAAGGCGGCUUUGGAGCGGCUCCUGCCCCAGGUAGAGGCCGCCCGCAAGGCCAUCCGCGCCGCUCAGGUGGAGCGUUACGUGCCCGAGCACGAGCGGCGCUGCUGGUGCCUGUGCUGCGGCUGUGACGUGCGGAAACACCUGAGCCACGGAAACCUGACCGUGCUGCACGGGGGGCUGCUGGAGCAUCUGGCCAGCCCAGAGCACAAGAAAGCAACUAACAGAUUCUGGUGGGAGAACAAGGCUGAGUUCCAAAUGAAAGAGAAGUUUCUGAUCUCCCCCCAGGAUUAUGCACGAUUCAAGAAAUCCAUGGUGAAAGGUUUGGAUACCUAUGAGGAAAAGGAGGAUGAGGUGAUCAAAGAGAUGGCAGCUCAGAUUCGUGAGGUGGAGCACAGCCGGCAGGAGCUGGUUCGGUCUGUCUUAGAGCCUCAGGCAGUGCCAGACCCAGAAGAUGGCUCUUCAGCACUCGGAAGCUGGAAAGGGACCAACAGCCUGGCUCUGCUUGUCUUUUUCAGUCUAGUGGCCUCCACCUCACAGCAGCCCUCCUCCGUGGACCUGCCACCCACCCCAGAGCUUGACUGGAUGGAGACAGGACAACCUUUGACAUUCAUCGGCCAUCAGGAUACACCAGGAAUUGGUAACAUCCACUCAGGUGCUACACCUCCCUGGAUGGUCCAGGAUGAGGAACACAGCUCUGUAAACCAACAAAUAGGACCGUCCUAUGAAGAAUUUCUUAAAGAAAAGGAAAAACAGAAAUUGAAGAAACUCCCCCCAGACAGAGUUGGGGCCAACUUUGAUCACAGCUCCAGCACCAGUGUAGGCUGGCUGCCCUCUUUUGGCCGGGUCUGGAAUAAUGGACGCCGCUGGCAAUCCAGACAUCAAUUCAAAACGGAAGCUGCAGCAAGGAACAAACAACAGUCACAUAAAGAAAAAAAGCCAAGUGUUUCCUGAUACUUUUCUAACCAUCAUAAGGCACAAAGCCAAGUCAACAAACCUGUACCUAUUAUCUUCUAUAACUACUUUUCUUAGGAAAGAGACAUACCCACUUAAUUUGAUUUUAAUAAAGUUUUAUUUUCCAAAAUGUACAGUUGGUAGGAUCUGCAAAAAAUAAAAAUAAAAGAAUCAGAAUUCUAGAGCCUG